ACUAGUCAUAGGGCGAUAACGAUAUAAGAGCGCAGUUGCAGAAUUUAUAACAGGAGCCACAAUGGCGGUUGUCGUCUCUUGACAGGGCUGUGGAUGUUAUUAAAUCCACUAUCAUCGCCCUAAAGAUAGGCCUGGUUGAUUCCCAGAGCCAUUAAAAACAAACUGGAACAAUUACUGCACAUGAAAAUACUAUAAUUUCUGAUAAAUAUCAAAUUAACAAGAGAUAAAAUUAUAUUAAAAGGGACCAUGUAAACAGUACCAACCGGGUCAAGUUUUCAUUUUGUUCGAGAAACAACAUCGGCUGUUAAUGACGGCUAACUGUUUGUUUAUUGAACUCCAAAACCGUAAAUCUAAGGAACAAUAAAACCCAAACUAAGCUUGGCACCGGACAAGGGAAUCUAAAAGAAAGGGGACUUAUUUUUUUCUUUCGUUUUUUACCAAACAGCAUGCUAGCUACACAGAGCUAGCUAGCCAAAUAGAAACGGAGAAGAGCGCACAAUGCUCCGAUUUAUUGUUUGGGCCUUUCAGCCAGUUUCUCUAACUAGCUGAAUGCACAGGCCUUCAUUUUAGUGGCGUUUUUUUUGGCACUAGCAACCUUUAUUUUUCUGAUUUGACAAACCAUGCUGUCGAACGACUUGGAUAAUGCUUGAGGACUAAACCUGGGCAGACUCAUUUCUAUUUGUCGGCUUGCUUAGAACACUGGAUCUAAUUUUACCGGAUUUCGGAGUACUACUCUCCCGUUAAUGUAUUAUCUCGGCUACAGAGGCCCACGCUCGGGAGAGGUUCCGCCGCUGACGUGAGGAAUGCCUGGGUCGGAUAGACACCAUGGGACCAAGAGGAAACCGGAAUCCAACAGUAGCGUUGCCCUGCCACCCCAAACAACGAGCGGCAACAGUGGGCUACACCAGCCCCUGGUCCUGCCUCAUACCUCUGCGGGCAACAUGACGAGCAAGGACGGUAACCCCCAGUCAAAGUCGUCAGUGCCAUCUUCUUCCAAGCGCAAACGGCAUAAAUCAGCCAAACAUGGACGUGAGUCCGAGGUGGCUCAGGGCCCUGGUUUUUCUGCGCUCGCCUCCACAGCGCCUCCUUCCGUUAGCGCCGUGAAGCCGCUGGUAGAAUAUGACGACAUAAGUUCCGAUUCGGAUACUUUUUCGGACCCGCCUGCUGAGAGAGUGUCUGGGGAUCGGUUAGAACCUGUCCCAGAUUAUAGUAAAGGGGAUGGGGGCAGGGCUGUUGGUAGAGAUGGUCGGGAACACAAGCACCGACACUCGCGCAAAAAGUCGAAGGAUCCCAACAAAGUUAGAGACUCUGGGGAAGGGGGUCAGAGUACCAAGAAAAAAAGCAGCAAAGACCGUGAGAGAGGGAGCUCUGGGAAAGUCAAGGAGAAGGUGGCCUCCCUGUCCUCUGUAGCAUCCCUGUCCUCCGGGUCACGUCGUCAGGGUCAGCUGGAGGCUGACUUGGGGCCAAAGCGUGGAGAGUUGCCCCCUUCCUCCCAGGCCCAAACGGCGGCCAGUGUGGGAAGCACCACAUCCUCCUCCUCGUCAUCUCGCAGCAAGGAGGGUGGCCGCUCCGGGAAGUCUCGUAAGGAUAAGCCACAGAAGAGAGAAGGGCUUGAGGGUCGGGGGGAUGCAACCGCCAGCCAGAGCACCUCUGCCUCUCAGAAGGUCCGGACAGAGAGGAGCCAACGCAAGUCCUCAAAGAGCCACAAGUCCAGCCCAAAGGGCAAGGGGCAGCCUUCCUCGAGCAGGGGGAGCCCUCGUCGGAAGGUAACAGCCCCUGCACAGUCCCCCAGCCCCCCAAGGAGAGGGGGUAAUGGAAGCCCCAUGGUCGGUAGUUACAGCCAGGAGGUGGACAGCUACCACCACCAGAGACGCAGACCGGCCCCACAGAGCCCCAGCCCCUACAGGGAGAUGUCCAGGCGGAGUAGGCAGAGGUCGGACAGCCCCUACGCCAGCAGGCAGAGGUCUUCCAGCUAUGAGCGAGACGACAGCCCCUACUCAAGGAGACGCUCCAUCAGUCCCUAUGGUAACCGCAGGUCCUCCAGCGCUAGCCCUGUGUCCCGGCGCUCAGUUCGCUCCCGGAGUCGCUCACCUCCUUUCUCCUCUUCCCGUCGCUCCUCCUCUCGCUCUCGCAACAAGAAGCAUUCGUCCUCUGCCGGGGGAGGCGGGUCUCACAGCAGCCGGCCCACCAGCCGCUCCCCACCCUCCUCCCGCCUGCCACUCAACUCCAGCCUGGGGGCGGAGCUUAGCCGGAGGAAGAAGGAGCGCCAGGCUGCGGUGGCUGCAGCUCGCCCCCCCUCCCCUCCACCUUCCUCACGCAAGACCAAGGGGUCCACCUCACGCCCCCCUAAAGCCGAGCCUGAGAGAGUACCUGAGAGAGAGACUGUCCAAGCCGCGGACCUCCAGCCUCCACCCAGUGCACCCCAGCCCCGGGACACUCUUGUUGGGGAAGAACACGGCUCUGCAUCUUCACCCUUCUCAUCUCCUGCUCCCCCUCUGCCCCCCGGUCAGACGACCCCACUACCUCCACCUCCUCUGCCCUCCACCCCUGUCACACAACUUCAGCCACCUACACCCCAGGGCCAGACUGAGACCAGCCUCGCACCCUCCACAGCCCUCUCCUCCUCCUCCUCCUCAUUGUCGUCCCCCCAGUCCAAAUCUCCUGCCCCCAUGCCCACACGCAGCCCUGCCCGCCUGACACCCAUCCACAAGACCUCCACUCUGCCCCCCCUGCCUUUACCACCCAUGCUAGUGGGAGACUGCCAGGACAGUCCGAAGAAGUCCACUCCUCCUCAGAGGUCUUCCAGGAAGGAGAAAGAGGUGCGGAAUCGGCCGUCCCUAAUCGACCUCCCGCUGCCCCCCACGCUGGCCGGAGGAGACCCCUCUCCCCCUCAGUCCCCCGUCUACAGAGCCCCACCUCCGCCCCAGUCCACUCUCAAGAAGAGACCAAAGUUUUGCUGUCCACGCUAUGGCGAACGCAAACAGACACAGAGCGACUGGGGCAAACGCUGCGUGGACAAGUUUGACAUCAUCGGCAUUAUCGGGGAGGGCACCUACGGCCAGGUGUACAAGGCCAAGGACAAAGACACCGGUGAGCUGGUGGCUCUGAAGAAGGUGCGUCUGGACAAUGAGAAGGAGGGCUUCCCCAUCACGGCCAUCCGAGAGAUCAAGAUCCUCCGCCAGCUCAACCACCGCAGCGUGGUCAACAUGAAGGAGAUCGUCACAGACAAACAGGACGCACUCGACUUCAAGAAGGACAAAGGUGCCUUCUACCUGGUGUUUGAGUACAUGGAUCAUGACCUGAUGGGUCUGCUGGAGUCGGGGCUGUGUCAGUUCUCCCAGGAACACGUGAGGAGCUUCAUGAGACAGCUGAUGGAGGGGCUGGACUACUGCCACAAGAAGAACUUCCUGCACAGAGACAUCAAGUGCUCCAACAUACUGCUCAACAACAGUGGUCAGAUCAAACUGGCUGACUUUGGUUUGGCCCGCCUCUACAACUCGGAGGAAAGUCGACCCUACACUAAUAAAGUAAUCACGCUAUGGUACCGUCCCCCUGAGCUCCUCCUGGGAGAGGAGAGGUACUCUCCGGCCAUCGACGUCUGGAGCUGCGGGUGUAUUCUGGGAGAACUGUUCACCAAGAAGCCCAUCUUCCAGGCCAAUCAGGAGCUGCUGCAGUUAGAGUUGAUCAGUCGUCUGUGUGGGAGCCCGUGUCCCGCUGCCUGGCCUGACGUCAUCAAGCUGCCCUACUUCAACACCAUGAAGCCCAAGAAACAGUACCGCCGACGGCUACGCGAGGAGUUUGCCUUUCUGCCUGCUCAGGCCCUGGACCUGCUGGACCGCAUGCUGACCCUUGACCCUGCGCGGCGCUGCACGGCCGAACAGGCCCUCAAUAGUGACUUCCUGUGUAACGUGGAGCCCAGCAAGAUGUCCCCGCCCAAUCUCCCUCACUGGCAGGACUGCCACGAGCUGUGGAGUAAGAAACGGAGGCGCCAGCGUCAGAGCGGGCUGCCCGAGGAUGUGCCUGUGCCCAAAGUGCCCCGUAAGGACCCCUCGGGGGCUUCCAGUGGAGAGAACAGCCGGCCCCAAGCCAGCCCAGCUGGAGCCCCGCCCCCUCCGCCGGGAAGACCACCACCCUCAGCCAUCUCUGCCAAUGAGCUAGCAGGCCUGGGCGCUGCGGCGGAGCAGCUGAACCAGACAGAGCUGGCUGUACUGUUGAACCUGCUGCAGAGACAGACAGACCUCAGUCUGCCUCAGAUGGCCCAGCUCCUCAACGUCUCCUCCAACCCAGAGAGCCAGCAGCAGCUAGAGACCCUUAGCCAGUCCCUGUCUGCCCUGACCGAGGCCUCCCACCACCGGGGGGCCUCAGAGGACCAGGGUCCGGCUAGGCCCCAGCCCCCUGAACCUCCCCCAGAGCCUCAGGAGCCCUCCCCGCACCACAGCGAGCCGCCCCUCAGCCAGGAUGACCAGACCAACCUGCUGGCCCUCCUAUUGGGCCAGCUCAUCAAGCCGCAGGCCGAGGGGGCGGAGCAAGGCGACGAGAGCAAUGGUGUCCAAUCAGAGGAGGCGGUGACUCGCGGUUCGUCAGCCUCCACUGCUGACCGCAAGGACUGUGCAGUCACCAAGCGGAAGCAGCAGAUUGGAACAAAUCAGGUCCCUCCAUCCUCCGAGCGACGUCCCCCCUCUCCGCCUGGCCCUCCACCCUCAGCCCUCCUCCCUCCUGGCCAGCAGCAGCCCAGCUCUGAACCCCUGCCCGGGCCCGGCCAGGACAACAGUCCAGCGGUGGCAGCCGCCCUGCUGCAGCUCAUCUCCCAACAGGACCCAGAGGCUGGGGCCCCCCAGCGCAGCAGGGACCACUCCCCCGCUGUAGGCACCCCUGUCCGGGGACAGCCACCCCCUGCCUGGAUGACUGACUCCCCUAAACCAUCCCCUGCUAGAGAGCCUCCUACUGGCAUGGAACCCACUGCCUCUGCUAUCCCAGCACAGUUCCCCAAGGACCAGGACCUCCGCUUUGCCCACAGGACAGCUCGCUGAUCCUGGGUGGGCCUGUUUAGAGACAUUGGGUAGAGUGGGCCGACCUACAGGGACAGGAGCCAGGGACUCCUACUCUACUGAUAAUGAUGAUACUAUACACCAGUCUCUCUAGGUGGGAACAGAAGAGCAGCUCACCUGAGCAGGUUGUGUAUAUUGGAAGAUGUGAGGUAGAUGGCUGUGAGACUGUUAGUCUGGAGAAAAGAGCAGGUCUUUGGGUCUGGAUAUUUGGAGGAUGUUAUUGUGAAGAUGGCCAGUGUUGGUUUGGCUAAAGGACAAACUAAGUCCCACUCUAGACAGACUGGGGUUGGGCCUUGGUGAGGGUUAUAGACCUGGGGGUGGGACAAAGUUCCACACCCUUCGAUCACUAACACUGCCCCUCCUCCUGGACCUCGUGACUUGCUGAAGAAGUUGGUUCCUCACAUGGAAUGUGAUCAGCUGUGAUUUCCUUUUGUUUACUUUGCAACUCAAAUGAUUGUUAUGUCUACUGCAGUGCCCUCUAACGAUGAGGCUAUCAGUGGGUUUUGGAGUCUGGUGUCCUCACUCCUCUUCAUCUGCAGUUGAAUGGGUGGGGGUUGGUGUCUGCUAUGUAUGACACCGGUGGAACAAAGAACAAGUCUGAAAUGUAGAGGUGGUUAACUAGGGGUACAGAUGUGAAACACUGGGACUGCGAGCGAGUUAACUACUCAGUCUCAUCAUGCUAGCUGGCUCCUGACUUUCAACCUCGUGCCUCCUUUGUGUCCUUAGCAACCCCCGAAUGAUCUUUGCCCACACGGAAGAGUUGAGUUGUUUCUUCUGUUCUGGGAAGGCACAUUAACAAGAGAAGGCAUGGCUCAAAAUAAAUUAGCAUACCUUGUGUGUCCUUGGUCAAAGGUACUGUAAAAUAAGGUAUUUGGGUCUCAGUCCUAUCUCCUCUUGUUGUUUCUCUCGCUCAAUCUAUGUAUGUCAGCCUCAGUUAGCAUUCCCAUGUAGAAAUGAACAUGUUCAUUCUCGAUCGCUCGCGCUCUCUAAUAACAGAUUCGUGUGCCUCUCUUAACCCUCAUACUUCCUCUGCUACACACUGGCAGAAAACACCAACUCUGACACUGUGUCAUUAACUGCUCUACUAUACUCACUAGUCUUUCAUUGACCCUCUGUUCACAGCUAGCAAGCCGGUCACCCAACCCCAUAGUGACUGGACACCUAUAGACCUACACACACACCUCUCUCCAAAGCUUUCCCUGAUGAUCUCUGAUAGCCUUGUGUUAUCUCUUGCCUCCCUGCCUAACUCUGUGCAGCAAAUACGUUUUGUGUGAUUAUUUUCUACUUUAAAGACAAAGUUACAUGUUAAAACGAUGGUCCAUGGUUGUGUUUCCUUUGUUUUGUUUUGGGAAGGGAGAAAUUGGGAAGAGAUCUGGCUUUGGGUUUCAUGUGACCAUGUGACUGUAAAAGAUGAUAUUUUGUAAUAUGUGUUUUCUCGGUUCAAUUUAUUAAAGGAAAUCAUGCGACCAGAAAGUUUUAAGUAAU